CGCCCAUCGCGGCUCGGUCAGGUCGAGGGGGCGUGGCACUGGCGCGGAGGGAAGAUGGCGGCGGCCGCCGGCGGGGGGGGCUUCGCGGUCUCGGUGCUGGCCCCGAAUGGGCGGCGGGUCACGGUGCGGGUGGGCCCCGGCACCACUCUGCUCCAGGUUCUAGAGGAGGUUUGUGAGAUGCAGAACUUCAGUGCCAACGAGUAUGAUUUGAAGUUUCAGAGGUCUGUGCUAGAUCUUUCUCUGCAGUGGAGAUUUGCCAAAUUGCCCAACAAUGCCAAGCUGGAGGUGGUGCCAAUCUCUCGUAACAGAGCGGGAACUGAAAACAGAGUUCAGAUUGCAUUGCAGUUGGACAGUGGUUCCCGGUUACAGGACACCUUUCGCUCUGGCCAGACGCUGUGGGAACUUCUCAGCCAUUUUACACAAACCAGGGAGUGUAUGGAGCAGCACGGUGAAUUCUCUCCAGUCUGUAUUUACAUGCGAGAUGAGAUAGCAGGGAAAGCUGCCCUGGAGAGGACAACACUGAAAUCACUUGGUCUGACUGGAGGCAAUGCCAUCAUCAGGGUUGUCAUGAAGAAAUGUGGCUCCUCUGGCCAGGAGGAGGCUGUGGGCAUGGCGGCCCCAUUUAGCAAGCUGCCAGUGAGCCCAGUCUCUACUGAAGGAGCAGUAGAUACGCCAUUACCUCACACAAGCAUGUUCUCAAAGGACUUGGACCCCAGAGAUGUGGCCUUCUCUUUAAACAACUGCACAGACAAGCAGGACUUGAUUAAAGUAUCCCAGGCCAGCUUGGGGGAGCUGUGGCCUCCCUCAGAUCCUGUGCCUGCCCCAUUUGUCCCUUUCUUUGGAGAUGGACAGCGUCUGGGGGGGACCCCUGUAGCUGCAGACUUUCCAGUGUCAGAUAUGCUAUCUUCAAAGCUGCCAACAUCUCUCUCCAGUCCUGGAGGCCCUUCUAAGCCAAAGAAGUCUAAGACCAGCCGAGAACAGCUAAAGGAGCAAGAGCAGCUUUUGGAGCGAGAGACAGUCGUGUGCCAUCCAGACCUGGAAGAGCCACUGUCUGCUGGUCCACAGGAUCUUCCUGAUGAGUUCUUCGAAGUCACGGUGGACGAUGUGCGGAAACGCUUGGCCCAGCUGCAGAGUGAGAGGAAACGUCUGGAAGAAGCUCCCUUCAUGACAAAAUCUUUGAGAGAAGCUCAGAUGAAGGAGAAGUUAGAGCGCUACCCAAAGGUUGUGCUUCGAGUCCAGUUCCCAGACCGUCAUGUUCUGCAAGGGUUCUUCCGCCCCAAUGAAACUGUUGGCAUUUUGAGAGACUUUGUGAGAAGCCACCUUGCAGAUGCAGAGCUGCCAUUUUACCUGUUUAUUGCACCUCCCAGAGCCAUCUUGAGUAAUGAGAAUGAAACCCUCUUCCAGUUGCUGCUGUGGGAAAUGGGAGAGAGAAUUUCUGUUUGGAGCUCUGGUCACAUUCUGCACCUACAGCUUCUUCCUCCAGUUCCCAUUUUGGCCUUCUCUUGCAGGAUGAAUGGUCUAGAGAAGGCUAACCUCUUCCCAGCGUCUGUCAUUCACUUUGGAUCUGAAGAGCACAGAGAUUGUUACUUGACACCAGAACUGUUGGAGUCCGCAGUGUCCCCUUCCACAGCUGACUUGCUAGUAGCUAGAGGCUUGUCCAAAUCACUAGUCCCUUCUGCUCCACCAGCUUCAGAAACAGCUGUUCCACCCCCAGUCGGGCCAGAGGAGACAGAUGGGAAAAGAACUGCCGAGAACCCAGAACCAGCAACAGCUGCUGAAGCUUCACAGCCAGUGAGAAGGCCCCCUGAAAAAGUACCAAAGUGGCUGAAGCUGCCAGCUGGGAAGAGAUGAAACAUCCCAGGUGCUGAGCCUGCAAGAUUACUUGACUGGACUGAGAAGCAGCAGAAUCAAUUGCACUUCUUUCCAAAUAAACUGCUACAAAGUUUGUAAUAAACCAUGGGUGGUCCUGGGGAGACCUGAACAACAUGAUUUAUUUCUUAGAAAAAUAAAAUAGAAUAGCUAUUUCAUGUUGCUAAUUCUAUCCUGUUGGGAGCAGACAAAGUCCCAUGUGUUGUAACGCUGCCUGGCAAUAAAAGCAGGAUUAGAAGGAGAAACUCAAGGUGUCCUACAUGCAUGUAAUCUGAAAGGAGCAGGUAGAGAGAAUUCUUCCUAGCCAUCCCUUGACUGCUGACUUUGUUUCUAUAGGUGUUUGACACUAAAGCCUUCUCUCUGAUUUGUCUUCAGAGGUUAUCUGCAGCAGUGUGGCUGCUCUGAUACCUGGAACAAGACCUUAAUGCUGAAAUCAGCUGCACAAUUUUACCUACAGCUGUAAAGUGUUGCCCUGAGCUUGGCUGGUCCCUAUGGUGUGGCAGUGGCUACUGCUGCUGGUUGUCCUGCAGGAGCUGUUUAGAUAACCCACAAUUUACUGAGUGGCUUUUGUUGAGAACUUCCUGGUUCAUUGUACUUGUCUGUUUUCCACUGGUGGAGUCUUUUUAAUAAAGAAUGUAGGUAUCUAUUAAUGGCAUGCCCAUGGAAUAUGCCUCUGGACUGAGCUGUUUAAUUUCCAUUACACAUAAUUAACAUAAUUAAUUACUCCUCUAAUGAGAGCAAAACUCCAGUGAAAGGUCUCCUCAUUUGACUCUCCAUCUGAUUUCUUUGGCUUUGAUAUUGCCUGCAAUGGACGUGCUAUGUGUUUGCAGUAUGAGUACUGUAAGGAGUGAUGCUCUGCCUCAUGCAUAUGCAGGGCUGGGAUGCAAGUUAAGGUUUAGAAAUGUGCCUGUUAUAGAGAUGAGGUCUGUAGUGCCACAAUAUCCAGGCUGCUGUAUUUUAUUUGAAGUUUUUUUCAUAGUCCUGUAAUUCCAGUUGGACAGAGUUACUAUGUUAUGGUAAUAAUUCUCACCAUUUGUUUUCCCUGUACAGAGUUUUUUCCUUGAACUGUGUGUGUCUGUCUCCACAAUCUGUAGAUGUAAUAAAGCAGAGUGGCCAUAGGA